AUUAAAACGUCAGAUCCGUUACGUUAAAACGUACUGCUACGUAGGUGUGAUGUUCCAACCAUAGGCGUUGGUAACGCCUAAUCUGUGGACAGCUAGAGAUUUUUCAGGAAAUAAAGAUCCGUUUCCCAAGACUCACGAACCCACCAGGUGGAUGUGCUUUCGUAUGGAACCGUAUGUUUUGAAACUCAUUUCUCUGUUGUCCUGCUUAACUCAUACAGUUUCUGCUAAUCGGUGCUGAUGUCAUCUUGGAAUAUACCAAACCAGAAAGUUAUCAAUAACCUAUACGGUCAUACCACAUGGAAAUCUAUGAGAUAUAUAUCACCUCUACAUGAAAUUGAAAAGGAAUGGCAACCUAAUCUAUCAAAAGUAGCGGCUUAUCAUAAUACAGGAGCAGAAUUAUUACAGGGUGGAUGGAGAAAAUGGAAUUCUUCGGGGCAUCCAGAUAUUCUGGCAAUAUCUUCAGCAAGUGUAGAACCUGACUGGUACACUAGACGGCGGCUUGAUGUUCGCAAUGCUGAUAAAAAAUAUUGUGAAGAAUGGGCGUAUGAUAGGUGGAAGAGACCGACUAGUUUUCCUGUGCUAAAAGUUCAAAACUUAGCAUCAAAGGAGAAUUUAUCAGUACACCCUGUCUUUGGGAAAAAGAAGACUACAACUAAACCUAACCUUGUUCAUACGGGGAUAAAACCGAUACACUAUGGCAUUGGUGAAGGUAUUCGCAGCUGUAAGCUAGUACUAGAAAAGAAAAAUUAAAGUUAUUCAGGGUAAAGAAUUUUAAAAGAUAAUAUUUUUAAUAAGGUCAAAUACAUCACUCAGGUGUUAUUCAACAGAACUAAAACUCAUCAGAUAUUUUAUUCUGAUGUAAACUAAAAAUGGAUAAUUUACUUAAUGCUAAAGCAUUUUUUAAAGAAAACAAUAAAUAAAUCUAGACAUUCAUCAAGUUUCACUGUUUUACAAAAAUACACGCACUGGAAGUAAAAUAUUCAGAU